AUGAUUCCCAUCCGCCCCAAACCCUCUGGGUCCGGCAACGAAGAUGCCUCCCCACCCCGCCGCGACAAACAAGCCGUCAGUGCCCCCUCCCCAUCCCGCAUCGCCAGCAAGCCCGUCCCGGAGCGCCAACUCCGCUCCCCGCGCGAGUAUCAAAUCGACCAACUCAAGCGGCGCUUCUCCCCAAAAGAAACCGUCGACUCCGCAACAGGCGACACCUCCCUCGUCUUCAGCCUAAAACCCUCAGACCCCGAUUUCCCCUACGAUCUGGAAAAGCUAGAAUGCGACCUCCGGAUCCCUCCGGAGUAUCCCCAGAAGCCGGCGAGGUUGCUGGUCAGGAAUAAGGAUAUCCCGAGGGGAUUUGCGGUAAAUAUUGAGCGGGGAUGGGAUCGGCUUGUUGAGGAACGCAAAGGGUUGAAGGGGGGCACGUUGUUGACAGUUAUGAAUGCGCUUGACAGAGGACUGGAAGGGUUCCUGGCGGAGGAGAAGAAGGAGACGGUGAAGAUUACGGUUUUUAAGGAUACCAGGCAUGUGGAGGGGGAGGCGGUUGAUGUGAUUGGGAAGGAGACACCGAAACAGCCUGAACCGGUCAAGCCGAUGGUUCAGCAAAGGCCCUACAUCCCCCUCGAAACCUUCACGCACGAUCAAAUCGCCGAAGCCAAAGCCAGGAGAGCGCAAGAAGUGCGUCAGCUGGAAGCACGCAUGAGCAGACUCCCACUGUAUCACAAGUCCAGCGACGGGGUGAUUUACACAUUACCGCUUGACCCCAAGAGGAGGAGCAGUUUACCAUCAGGUCUGCAAAGCGUGCACUCGGUGCAGCUGGUUAUUCCGCUGCUGUACCCGCUGCAGCCACUCAGGGUGUUGUUGAACGAUGUCGAUGCUACCGAGGCCGAGGCAGUCGAGGAGCUGUUUAGCCAGAAGGCGGUGGAACAGAAGCAGAUGAGUUUGACGAGCCACUUGAAUUAUUUGGCGACGAAUUUGCAUGCUUUGGCAAAGCAGGCUGCACAGCAGAAGUCAGAGGAGGUGAAGGCUGCUGCUGCUGAGCAGGAGAAAGGGAAGAUGAGGGCAGCGGCGGAUGAAGAGGCCAAGGAGGCGGAACAUGUCGCUUCGGCCUCGGUGGUAGAUGGAGAACGGGGACAUGUACAUGUCAUUCCCCGACCAUUGGAGUGGACGCUCGUCAACGCCGAUGGGUCUUCCGAGUCUGAAUCUGAGACCGAAACCGAUACCGACGACGAUUACGAGUUUGUCGACGGCGAAGGCAACACCACCUCACGUUCAGGCCCAACACCGGGCACCUCGCUCCCAACCGCCACCCCUGAGCGCGGCACCGCCAUCUCCUUCCCCUCCAUCGAGCUGCACGGCAUCGAGCUCCUGCAAGUAACCCUCCUCUCGCUCUCUAUCAAAUGCAACCGCUGCAAAACCCUCAACGACGUAACCAAUCUCAAAUCGGACGUCGAAAAGCUUUCUUCAUGCAAAAAAUGCGCCACCUCCUUCUCCGUUCGCUUCCGCGCCGAGCUCGUGCACGCCAACUCCACGCGCGCCGGCUUCAUCGAUCUCAGCGGAUGCACAAUAGCCGACAUGCUUCCCUCCUCAUUUAUUCCCACCUGCGGCCGUUGCUCUACACCUUACCCAUCCCCAGGCUUCGUUUCCGUACGAGGCGAAACAACCACCAACGUCUGUCGCGAAUGUCACGCACGCUUCACCUUCAAAAUCCCCGACGUCAAGUUCCUCACUUACUCCUCCUCCUCUGCCUCCCUACCACCCACCACCGGCCCCCGUCGUCGCGACCAAAAACUCGGUCUCCACGCCGGCGAACCUCUCCCCGACAAGGGCGCCUGCGCGCAUUACAAGCGGUCCUACCGGUGGUUCAGGUUUUCGUGCUGCAACAAAGUCUACCCCUGCGAUAAAUGUCACCAGGCGGCUGAAGAUCAUGUGGAUGAGUGGGCAAACAGGAUGAUUUGCGGGUGGUGUUCGCGGGAGCAGAAUUAUCGGGUGGAGAACUGUGCGUUUUGCGGGAGGAGCGUUGUCCGUAAAAGGACGGGUGGGUUUUGGGAGGGUGGAAAGGGGACGAGAGAUAAAGUUUUGAUGAGGAGGGGGGAUCGGAGGAAGUAUAGGAAUAAGAAGGAUGCUAACAAGGCGAACAAAUAA